UAUGAGUGCAAAAAAUACCUUAUCUAAAGUUUUUGGAAUCAUAAUAAUAAUGCAAUUCUCGACAAGUUUAAUAUAUCUUACUAUACCAGAGAAAUCUGAUGGAAGAUACUAUAGCUUUUAGAAAACAUUAAUUCAAUUUUUUAAUUAGAAAUCGCAAAAACAAUCAAAAAUAGAUUCUAAUUAGAAAGACAUCCGAGAAUUAUUACUAAAAUCAUCGAGUUCAGAUUAUAAUGAUGAUGCAAACAACACAUUUAAUAAUCCUGAAUUAAGUGAUAAAAUUUCAACUCAAUCAGAAAAAUAGCAAAAUGAACUACAUCUAUUUACAUCCCAACUCUUGUAAAAUUCCAACACAAAGUCAAUCCUGACCUUAUAGUGCUUCUCUAUUGAAGAGAGAAGCUUAAUUGAGCUAUUAGAAUCUUCUUUAGGCAAUCAAUUUUGCUCAAAUUUUAUUUCUAUAGAUGAAUAUCAAAAUCGAUCUUACUUUUCAAAACUUUACAUUACAUUAGAUAAACUAUACAAGGAUGGGUUCUCAUGGGUUCUCUUCUUAUUAUGCUUUAUUGCCAGCAUUUAGUCAUUUUUGUAUAUCUAUUUCUUUCCUUUUUUUGCUUAGCCAGAUACUAAGUAAUUAGCAAAUUAAGCAGCCUUAGUUUUAUAAGGAUAUUUAUAUGUUGGUGUUGGAGAAUUGUUUGGUUCAUUUGGUAUAGGAAUGCUUGGAGAAUCAAAAGAUAAGAUAAAGUAAUUUAUAUUUAUAUUAUAGUGCUCUAAUUUAUAUACUCUAUGUAUUCUAAUUUGGAUGCUUUGUAGCUUGGACUUCUUACUUCUUGAAAUAUGAAAUAUUAAUCUUAAUAUUCUCUAUAACAACAGGAUUUUGUGAUUCAUCGAUGACCUCAACUGUUAUUUCAGUUUUGACUUUGAGAUUUCCUAAAGUAAUAACUUAUUGUUAUAUUAGUAUAUUUAUUUAGUGGACCUGAUGUAUUUUAUUUAUUCUUUAUCAUUUGCAGUCCUAGCUUUAAUUUUUAUAUCUUGCAAUUUUGAUAACAACACUUUCUUAUCCUUAAUUUUACUUUAAACUUUUGGAGUUUUAGGCCUACUCGCAGUUUAUAAAAUCAAUCACUUAAUUGAAAAUAAGUAAAUUAAAGUAGUUUAAUGA